AUGGUUGCUUUAGAAAGAAAAAGAAAGAUCUCAGGUCCUGAGCAAUCUAAUGGCACUAAGAAAUUGAAGAGUGCAACUUCUUCCUUUGUAUUGCAUUCUUAUUCAAAAUUGCCAGACCUUAAUGCUAUUCCUCUGGCUAAAACCAACCCUUUAGAUAUAUUUGUAUGGGGUACAGGAUCAAUGUGUGAAUUAGGUCUUGGGCCUUCUGCUAAAACUAAAGAAGUUAAAAGACCAAGGUUGAAUCCAUUUUUGACUAGUGAGCAUUUGGGCGAUAGUAAAAUCGUUGAUUUUGCCGCUGGUGGUAUGCAUACUUUGGCUUUAGAUUCUGAUAAUAGAGUUUGGUCAUGGGGUGGUAACGACAGUGGUGUUUUGGGUAGAGAUACAUCGAAAGUUAAGGAAGUCUUGAAGGAUAUGGAUGCUGAUGAUUCUGAAGAUGAUGACGAUGGUGAUUUGAACGAAGCAGAAUCCACUCCGGGCUUGGUUGAAAAUCUACCAAAACUUAAAGGUGCAAAAAUUGUUCAAUUGGCAGCUACUGAUAACUUGAGUGCUGUAUUGUAUGACAACGGUGACGUGUACGCUUGGGGCUGCUUCCGUUGUAAUGAAGGUUUAUUAGGUUUCUUAAGAGAUGAAAUUAAAUUGCAAAGGACACCUUUAAAGAUUAAACAAUUGAAGAAUAUUGUUCAAUUAGCAAGAGGAAAAGAUCACUUAUUGGCGUUGGAUUCAAAAGGUAUUGUUUACGCUUGGGGAAAUGGCCAACAAUUUCAGUUGGGUCGUCGUAUUUUAGAAAGACAUCGUUACCGUGGUUUAGAACCACAGCAAUUUGGAUUAUACAACAUCAAGUAUAUUGCAAGUGGUGACUUCCAUUGUUUUGCUAUUGAUCACGAUGACCAGGUAUAUGCAUGGGGUUUGAAUCAAUUCGGUCAAUGUGCUUUAACUGACGCAGACGGUAAAUUAGAAGAUGGUUCUUUAAUUACCUCACCUACCGUUAUUCCUGAAUUAUCUAAGAAAGGUAUUACCCAACUUUGUGCUGGUGAACAUCAUUCAAUGGCAUUAACUGAAGAUGGUCUGGUUCUUUCUUGGGGUAGAUAUGAUAUGAAAGAAGUAGGUAUUCCAAAGGACAAGUUACCAGAAUACACAUUCAAGGACGCACAUGGAAAUGCUAGAUCAGUUCCAACUCCUACCAAGCUUCAAUUUGGAUCGAAGCCAGAUAACGGUGUCAAAUGUAAGGCUAUUGCAUGUGGGUCACACCAUUCAUUUGCUGUAACUGAUGAUGGUUUUGUAUACGCCUGGGGUUUCGGUGAUACGUAUGCACCAGGUUUAGGCCCAUUAGAUGAGGAUGUUGAAAAGCCAACUAGAAUUGUAAACACUGCUACAAAAUACCAUGAUAUUCAGCAGAUAAAUGCUGGUGGUCAAUAUUCUAUAAGUGGUGGUGUUAAAAUUGAUGAUGAAGAUAAAGCAGAAGAUAGAAUAGAGAAAUACGAAGAAAUUGAUGGAUGA